ACAAAGGAAAAAAAAAAAAAAAACUAAACGGUCGGUUUGUUGUUGUUCCAUCACGAGCGAACUGACUGACUGACUGGCUGGCAUAAAAAGUUGCACACACUUUGACAGAACGAUUCGGACUUUCAUACUUGCGAGGUGCAUUCCGAAAGGCUUUCGCCCGCAGAGCUGGGAAAAUUUUGGUUGAGAAAAGUAAACGAGCAGCAAAAGGUGUAAUUGUGAGUGGUUUUCCGUUUCGGGGGAUAACGAUUUGUCGAAAGUUAUUUUCAUGUGCCGUGAAGUGUUCUUUCUUUUCAUACGUUGACGAAACUGGCCGAUGAAUCAAUGCGGUCACAGUGAGACAGUGAGAGAGGUUACGCAAAAGUCUGAAAAACUCCAAAUAACACCGGUGGAAUUUCAUUUUGGCUUAUCGGGCUUUAUCGAAACAGACAAAUAGAUUGCUGAAUGGUCGGUUAUUGAGUGCAAGUGAUAAGAAAUACUAGCUGAUAGGUGAUAAAAGUGAUACCCUUGGAGAAAUUUGAUAAAUAAUUUUCACCGUGGGACAAGAUGAAGGCGCUGACCUUGGAAGAAGUUUUGAACUUGUGCGGCAUGAUUGCUUACUGUCAGGAGCGUGAUUUUUUUCCUCUGUGUGGACCCAUCACUGCGACCAGAGACAUUUGAUCUAUUGUAAUAUUGCCCAGGUGUUUUCUGUACUACGCACUCAUAUUAUUGGCAGUAUCACUAUUAAAGAGCCCCCUGCACUUGAAGCGAGCAUCCACGGAGAAACUGCGCGAAAUUUUCAACAGAUAUGCGACGCACGACGUUAACGGAGAGCUUUUUAUGACCAGCGAAGAUUUCGUGUGGGGCUUUCUUGGACAAUCGUACAAUGAGGCAUCGGUAAAGCUGCUAACCAGCAUCGCAGAUACCAGCAAAGAUGGGUUGAUUUCGUUUGUCGAGUUUCAAGCCUUCGAAGGGUUGCUUUGCGCCCCGGACGCCCUGUACAAAACCGCCUUUCAGCUGUUCGAUCGGAACGGUAACGGUUCGGUGACGUACAGUGAGUUUGUAGAUGUUUUCCAGCAGACCGAUCUGCACGCUAAAAUCCCGUUCAAACUGGACGGUCCUUUCAUACAGCUUUACUUCGGCAAGGACCGACAGCGGGUGAUCAACUAUGCAGAGUUUUCGCAGUUUCUGCAUGACUUUCACGAAGAGUGCGCGCUGGAAGCGUUUCGUAUGAAGGAUACCUCAGGGUCCGGUUUUAUUUCGGCGCUUGACUUCCAGGAUAUAAUGGUAAACGUAAAGAAGCACCUGCUGACGACAGAGGUGAAAGACAAUUUAGUCGCUGUAACCCAAGGACACAAAGUCAGUUUUCCGUACUUUAUGGCAUUUAACUCGUUGCUUAACAAUAUGGAAUUGAUCAAACGCAUUUAUUUGAACGCAACAGGCGGUCAUCGGACGGAACCAAUCACCAAGGACGAGUUGUUGCAGUCUGCCCAAACGAUGAGCCAAAUUACGCCGCUAGAAAUCGAUAUCCUGUAUCAGCUUACUGGGGCCAUCCAUCAGACCGGUGUUUGGUGGAAGCGUAGAAAAGUGAUAGAAAAGAAUAGACGCAUAGUGUACGGGGAUUUAAGCAGCAUCGCACCGGAGCAUUACACCAAACAUAUCACGCAUCGCCUAGCGGAGAUUAAAGCUGUCGAAUCGCCCGCCGAUCGGUCCAUUUUGAUUCAGCUGCUGGAAAGCACUUAUCGAUUCACGCUGGGCUCGGUGGCUGGUGCUGUUGGUGCCACGGCAGUUUAUCCUAUCGAUUUAGUUAAAACCCGUAUGCAGAACCAGCGGACGGGGUCCUUCAUUGGGGAGGUGGCCUAUCGGAACUCGUGGGAUUGCUUCAAAAAGGUCAUCCGCCACGAAGGAGUCCUCGGACUGUACCGUGGUCUGGUCCCGCAACUGAUGGGUGUUGCUCCCGAGAAAGCCAUCAAACUGACGGUGAACGAUUUCGUUCGCGAUAAGCUGAGCGACAAGCAAGGCCAUAUUCCGCGGUGGGGUGAAGUUUUGGCUGGUGGUUGUGCUGGUGGAUCGCAGGUAAUCUUCACCAAUCCGCUGGAGAUCGUCAAGAUUCGGUUGCAGGUGGCGGGUGAAAUUGCUGGCGGGGCAAAGGUGCGAGCCUGGACGGUAGUACGUGAACUGGGUCUGUUCGGUCUGUACAAAGGGGCCCGAGCUUGUCUGCUUCGGGAUGUGCCUUUUUCCGCCAUCUAUUUCCCCACUUAUGCGCACACAAAAGCUGCCUUCGCGGAUGAGCAGGGAUACAAUCAUCCACUGACGCUACUGGCUGCUGGUGCGAUUGCCGGUAUCCCUGCUGCCUCUCUGGUUACGCCGGCUGACGUGAUAAAAACGCGUCUCCAGGUGGUGGCCCGAACCGGACAGACUACCUACAGUGGGGUGCUAGAUGCGGCCAGAAAAAUUAUGGCCGAAGAAGGACCUCGUGCCUUUUGGAAGGGAACAGUUGCCCGUGUCUUCCGAUCAUCGCCUCAGUUCGGUGUAACGUUAGUUACGUAUGAGCUUCUCCAGCGGAUGCUAUACGUAGAUUUCGGUGGCUCGCACCCCACCGGCUCGGAUGUGACAAAGAUCAAGCAAGAACUAACCAAGGUCAACCCGGAUCAUAUUGGUGGUUACCAGGCUGCACUGCCAAUGCUGAACGGAAUCGAAACCAAAUUUGGACUCAGUUUGCCUCGGUUUUCAUCGACUAUAAAGGUACCAGCGAAACUGCAACAGUAUCAGCAGGCGCAACAGCAAGCGUCUUGAUCGAAUGGUUCCGGUUAGCGCAGUAGCAACAAAAGGUGCAGCAACUUUUUCUUGUAGCAACGUGGUUACAGGCUCACUGUAAAACAGGUAGUGCGUGAGAGUGAUUUUUAGCAGUGGAUGGCGCAAAGCGUAAGUAUUUGUACGAGUGAAAUUACGUUUGAGGUUGUAAGCAGUAAUUAGGAAGCAAUUCUUUCGUAGUGAUACGUUACAGAAAAAAAUUAAAUCAUUUGCUGUUAAUUUCUAGUGAAGGUUUAACCGUUGCAUUUUAAUAAGCUCCCCAAAAGAUUGAGUUAGAUUAUUCAAUCCAGUUCGAAAGAUAUUGUUAGAAUUUACAGCGAUGCAAAAAUUUCAUCAUUUAUUUUUUUUUGUAAAUCUGAGACUGUGCUUAGGUAAUAAAAAACAUCUAUCUUAGUUUAAAAUUUUGCAUCAAGCUCGGUUGAUUUCUGUUGAAAAGUGUAAAUAUAUUCGAGAGUCACAACUGUUUGAAAAAGUUUGAGCAAGGAUCAGGUUAAAGCACCAAGUAAUAGCUUAUAACAAAAUAAAUUUAAUUCAAGUCUCUGUACGAAAGUCACAUGCAAACAGACAUAAAACAGAUCGCGCUGAUUUUGUAUCAUUGAAAAUUCCGUUUGUCUACAUUCAUCCGCAACAGAAACAUAAUUACUUGCUUUACUCUAAAAUACUUUGAAUCAUCAACUUGUUUAUAGUAGUAUUCUAAAUUAUGUAGAUGGAUGCAAUAUUUGUCGGUUUUUUAAGAACAAUGUUUAAUUCGUCCAGUGAUUUUCAGCUCGUAAUUAGAUCUACAAUAAAUUAACAUAUUUAGCAGACAAACCUCAAUAAUAAGUGCCAUCUCUGGCAAUGAAACGUC